GCCUAUAAAACGGGAUUGUACGGUAGAAAGUACCAGUGGAUAAUUGUUGGGAUAUAUGACAAUGGCUGGUGGCAGAAGCACGCCAACAACUUAACCUGUAGUCAAUCGCAUCUUAAGGAAGCCAUCAAAGGCUACUUAGCUACUGAUAUUUUACCACUUAGUUCUACAAAUGAUAUCACUGUGUCAGGUUUGACAUCAGCAGAAUAUAAUGCUCAAUACAAACAACGUUACCGACAAGGUAAUAACCGUUUCCAUGGCUACGCUUAUGACGGGAUUUGGGUAAUAGCUCUUGCUAUUCAGAUGGUUAAACGGAGGCUUCUCUCUAUUGGAAGUUCCAAGACUCUAGAGAUGUUUGAGUACAGAGAUCCUUUUUGGGGAUCUCUUUUCCGAGAGGCCUUUAAUAAAACAUCAUUCAUCGGAGUUACGGGACCAGUUAGCUUUGUAAGAAAUGAAAGGCGCGGUCUUAUUCUUCUUAAACAAUAUCAAAAUGGGGUUGAGGUAAAGGUCGGCGAGUAUGACUCUACUUCGAACAGUCUUAAGCUUACUGGAGAAACUGGAAUAACAUGGAAUGGUGCUAAUGUUCCUCCGGUCGAUCGAACUUUGAUUGUUAUUAGACCCACUCGAGUUAACUUGACAAUCUAUUAUGUCAUCGUGAUAUUUGCACUCCUGGGAAUAGUCAUGGCGUCAGCUUUUCUUAUUGUUAACAUACGUUUUCGAAACCAAAGGUACAUCAAGAUGUCCAGUCCUUACCUGAAUAACAUCAUAAUUAUUGGCUGUAUGUUAACUUAUACCAGUGUUAUUCUGCUGGGCCUCGACAGUGGUUUGACGAGUGAGAAAACCUUUCCUUAUAUUUGUGCUGCCAGAGCGUGGGUGCUGAUGAACGGCUUCACUUUGGCUUUUGGUUCCAUGUUCAGUAAAACGUGGAGGGUACAUGCUAUCUUCACAAACAUCAAGUUAAAUAAAAAAAUCAUAAAGGACUACAAGCUGUUUAUGGUUGUUGGAGUGUUGGUUGUUGUGGACAUAGUCAUCCUAACCACCUGGCAAAUUAUUGACCCUUUUUAUCGAGAAACGAGUCUCGGCACACAGUUGCCAUCACCUGAAAACGAAGACUCUGUAAUCAUACCAAAGAUGGAGUUUUGUAAAAGCCAGAAGAUGACUAUUUUUCUUGGUUCUAUUUAUGCUUAUAAAGGGCUUCUUAUGGCUUUUGGUUGCUUCCUGGCGUGGGAAACACGGCAUGUGAGUAUUCCUGCUCUGAAUGAUUCAAAAUAUAUUGGAAUGAGUGUUUACAACGUCGUAAUUAUGUGUGUCAUUGGAGCAGCUGUUUCGUUCGUCCUCAGAGAGCAGCAAGAUGCUGCUUUUAUAAUUAUUUCCAUCUUCAUCAUCUUCUGCUCUACCACUACAUUGUGUCUUGUAUUCGUGCCGAAGCUUUUUGAACUCAAGAGAAAUCCCAAUGCGGGAGAGAGGUGUGCCCGAGCCACUUUGAAACCUUUAAAGAAGUCCAGGAAAGAUUCAGAAGAUGUUGAACUUCACAGUCAAAUAAAACUACUUCAUGAUGAGAUCUAUCAGUACAGGCAGAGGUUGGAGGAGAAAAAUAUUGAAUUACAAACUUUAAUAGCUCGACUAAAGGAGUUAGACGAACCGUUGAUUAUAGUCAGCCAUGGAAUCACUUCUCCGAUUCCUGAAAACUCAUCUUCCACAGGUGAUUUAAACUGUGAAGACAUUCAAGUUCCAGUUCUCUGGCAAAAUAGGGAAUUCACCACAAUAUCCAGAUCUCCAUCUCCCGUAGAAGAAGAAUUUGAUGAACCUCUUGAGAAACAACAUCCUGUCAGGAAAUUGUCUUUAGUUUCACUGAAUGUAGUUCUAGCUCCCGCAUGUUUACCAGAAAGUCCCAAGAGCAUUAGGAAGGGAUCCAGUCCCAAUACUAAAGUGCCAACUUUGGAGUUUCAAGAAAUUUUACAGAUGGAGAGUUGUUCUCUCUCUCAUCUUAGUCCCUUGUCCUUCGUGGACCAAGUUAUUAGAUUUAUGGACUCUGAGAGUAGCAGUGAAUCUGUAGGUUCUCGUGAACAUAUCUUACAUCAUUUCAAAGACACACCCAUGGAGUCCGAUGAUAAAGCUGUGAAAAACUACCAAAAAGUACAAAAAGAUUCAUCAGCUUUUGCAGCAGAUAAGGAUAGAAUUGAAGAGAGCGACUCCAGCCGGCCAGGAACAAAAAACAGCCGUCAACGAGCGAAAAGCCUCGGAAUUUUAGAAUCGAAGGCAGCAAGUCAAAGUAAUGCAAGAGGUGAAGGAGUCUGUGUAAUCGAAGAAAAACGAUCCGAUUCCCUAGCGCUUUCUCCUUUGAUCCCAUUUUUUAAUAAUCUCGUAACUAAUCAAACAAGCCGAAGGAUGGGUACCAGAGAUGGCAACGCACCUCUGCAUUCGUCUUUCCCCUCAAUAAAAUGUGAUAUAAUAGAAUAUUUAUAAAUUUUGAUGUAUUAGGUUUUGAUAUAUGAAUUUUUUUACAAAUAUAUCAAAAGCUAUCUUGAUAAGAAUAAACUUCUUCAAAACCAUGCUGUAUUGCAGCAUAUAUAUACAACUGAUUGUUAUGGCCCCCAUUAUCAUAAUAGCUAGAAAAAGGUUGUUGUUGUUCUUUUGUCAAAGACAUCCUGUACAUUUUUUAAAUAUUUGCUAAUAGUAAUCCAUAAAAUUAAUAUUUUUAUCUGUAUUCUAUGAUGAAAAGAGAAUGCAUACUGGAAUAUCCUUUGUAUAUGGGCAACCAGUCAGGGGUGAAAUUCUAAAAAAAAUAAAAAUAAAAGUAGACAUACUUAGCUGGGUGAAGUGGACCUGUUUUUGAGAAAAAAGAAAAAGUCUACGUGUAAACACAAGAAACGACAAAGCAGCUAAAAUAAGUUCCGGUAUUCAGCACCUGUGAAUACCGGCAGAAUUUCAACCCUGGGCAACCUGAUGAAUAUUAUCAGUUUUUGUAGUGCUUCAUAUCUGAAACAUUGCCCAGACAUAGUCUCCACUUGAAACAGUGGAUGGGUAUCUUCCCCCAGACAUAGUAUCCACUUGAAACAGUGGACGGGUAUCUUCCCCCAGACAUAGUCUCCACUUGAAACAGUGGACGGGUAUCUUCCCCAGACAUAGUCUCAACUUGAAACAGUGGACGGGUAUCAUCCCCCAGACAUAGUCUCCACUUGAAACAGUGGACGGGUAUCUUCCCCCAGACAUAGUCUCCACUUGAAACAGUGGAGGGGUAUCUUCCCCCAGACAUAGUCUCCACUUGAAACAGUGGACGGGUAUCUUCCCCCAGACAUAGUCUCCACUUGAAACAGUGGAUGGGUAUCUUCCAUAAUGAACUAAAUUAGGCGAUGUCUUAGUUUUGCAGCGUAUGUAAUAAGUCUGAAGCGUAUAAUGUGAUCACGUGAUUGGACUAGAAUAUGAGUAGUAUUAUAACCAAAUAAUCUCUAUUACUGCACGAAACAGCUAUUCACGGUGAUUGUUAUAAACAAGUAACAUAAGUGCGACAGUAUAUGUUUUGGUAAAUUUAUUGUUGAAAUAAGAUGUUCUAUUUGCUACGUUUUGAUAUUGUGUAAAUGUAAUUUUUUUCAACGAGCUGUUUGGUUCAGUGUUUGUAUAACUAAUAUAUUCUUCAUUAGAAAACAACCAAUCCCGAUCACUAAAUGUUCGGAAUAUUGAACAACGCAUACUAAACAACUAAACAUGUUGCAGUUUAACAUUACAUGAAAGAAAUGUAUCAAUGUAUUUUCUUUAUUUUUUAAUACUGAAAUAUCAAGCAAAUGUCUAGCAAAACUAUGCUAAUAUUUGAAAAACUUUUGAGUUUAUGAUAAAUAAGUUUUCCAGCUAUUAAGACAAAAAUGAGA